AUGGCAGCUCACAGAAGAAGAUACAGAGAGAAGAUGAGGAUGAAAAUAUUGGUCCUGUGGGACAGCACCCCUUGGCCUGAUGACCAUAUAUAUCUCCACAACACGGGAGCACAGGAACGCAGAGAGCUGAGGAGACUACUGCAUCCGAGCGGGCCUGGAGCCCAGCCACCGACAGUAGCAUUGGAGGACCUGGCGGGUGUUGGGAGGACCGCCCUGGCCAUGAAGGUCAUGCUACACUGGGCAGAGGGCAUACUCUUUCAGCACCAGUUCUCCUGUGUCUUCUACAUCAGCUGCCACAAGGUGGGAGAGACUGUGAACACCACCGUCUGGCCUGCUGGCCUGCUCUCCUGGGACUGGCCUGACUCUCAGCUCCCCAUUGAAGAGUUCAGGAGUCAUCCCGAGAGGCUCCUGUUUGCCAUUGAUGGCUUUGAAGAAAUGACUGUGUCUUCCAACUUGUACGAAAGCCCGCCCUGUACAGACUGGUACCAGCAGCUCCCAGUGGCCAGAAUCCUACUCCACUUGUUGAAGAAGGAGUUGGUUCCCACAGCUACCUUACUGAUAACGACCAGAGACUGUGGUAAUCAAGAUCUUAAAAAUUUGUUAGUGAAUCCAUGAAGCUUGGGGAGAGAAUCGGUUGUCGUCUCGGGGUUCACAGAGGGAGACCGGGAGGAGUAUUUCAUCAAGUUCUUUGGUGACCUAGACAAAGCUAAUAAAAUCUUGAAUUGGUUAAGAAAAAUGGAAACUCUUUUUGAUUCCUGCUCUGCCCCCCUGGUGUGCUGGACUGUGUGUUCCAGCCUGAAGUGGCAGACGGCAAGUAAUCCUUCUUUCUGGCUGGCCACACAGACCACCACCAGCAUCUACGCCUAUUUUUUCUGCAGCUUCUUUGCCACGGCGGAGGUGAGCUUGUCAGAUCAGAGCUUGCCGGAACAGUGGAGAGCCUUGUGCUGUCUGGCUGCAGAGGGGAUGUGGUUCUCAAACUUCACAUUUGCAAAAGAGGUCAUGGAACAAGGGCAUCUGGAAGCCUCUUUUAUUGAUUCUCUCUUGAGGUUGAAUAUUCUUCGAAAGGUCAGUGACUGUGAAGAGUGCAUUUCUUUCACUCACCAAGGCUUCCAGGCGUUUUGGGGGGCCAUGUUUUAUGUGCUCUGGGGAACAAGAGGAUCCCUUGGUGGUCCCUCAAAGCAUCAAGAGAUGAGGGUGUUCCUGAAUGACGCCUUUGCUAACACAAACUUCUGCUGGCGUCAGAUGGCUCUUUUAUCCUUUGGUCUUUUAAAUACAGACCUAGCAAGAGAGCUAGAAGAUACUUUACGCUGUGAAAUGUCUCCCAGGGUAAUGGUCGAAUUAUUAGACUGGGCAGAAGGGUUGGAGAAGCAUGAUGCUGUCUCAGUCCACUUCGGAUUCCUACAGUUCUUCCAGUGCUUAUGUGAGACUCAGGACGAAAAUUUUAUGAGGCAGAUUUUGAAUCACCUCCUUGAAGCUGAUCUCGACAUUCAUGGGUAUCAGCGCCUCCAGGUUUCUUCCUUUUGCCUAAAGCACGGUCAAAAGUUACGUAAGCUGAGGCUCUGUCAGCGGUCCCAUCCUUGGACAGGGGUUGCCGAUUUCAGGAAACAUCAGUGGGAGGACAUUUGCUCUGUGUUUUGCAGCGGGAACAUGAGAGAGCUGGACCUGAGUAACAGCAAGCGUAAUACUUCAUCUAUGAAGGAACUCUGUUAUAAGCUGAGAAGUCCAAGGUGCAAACUCCAAAAACUGACGUGCAAGUCGGUGUCUCCUGUGAAGAUUCUGAAGGAGCUUGUCAUCGUGCUUCAUGGUAACCACAAGCUGACCCACCUGGAUCUGAGCUCUAACAACCUAGGAAUUACUGUGUCCAAGAUGAUUUUUAGAACUUUGAGGCACUCAGCCUGCAACCUCAAGUAUCUGUGCCUGGAGAAAUGCAGCCUGUUGGUGGCCCACUGGCAGGACCUGGCCUUGCUUCUCAUCAGCACCCAGGGAACGACUCGACUGUGCCUGGGAAUUAAUCAGCUCCAGGAUGAUGAUGUGAGGCUGCUCUGUGCUUCCCUGCCUCACCCCGAGUGUGUCUGAGAGAGACUGGUGUAA